GGGGCUGUCGCGCAGCGGGAUCACGGCAGGAUCGGCUCGCUAGCCCUCGGAGUUGGAGCGGGGCUCGAACGUGAGUUGCGGUGGGGCAGGCAAGAAGCGCGACGAUCUCCCUCCACGGGUCCGGCGGAGGAUGCGGGAGAGCACGUGGGUGUCGCUGCUGUUGCUGCUACUGCUGCCCACACCGCAGCGGGGCGGCCCCCAGGACGGUCGCCGGUCCCCGGAGCCAGAGCCCGAGCGCGGCCCGCUGCAGCCCUUCGACCUGCUCUACGCCAGCGGCGUGGCUGCCUACUACAGCGGCGACUAUGAGCGAGCGGUGCGGGACCUGGAAGCCGCCCUGAGCAGUCACCGGCGCCUACGGGACAUCCGCACGCGCUGCGCCCGCCACUGCGCGGCGCGCCGUCCGCUCGCGCCCCCCGGCGCCGGCCCCGGAGCCGAGCUGCCCUUCUUCCGCGCGGUGCUGGAGCGGGCGCGCUGCUCCCGCAGCUGCCAGAGCCAGCGCCUGGGCGGCCCCGCGUCCCGCCACCGCGUCAGCGAGGACGUGCGCAGCGACUUCCAACGCAGAGUUCCCUACAACUACCUGCAGAGGGCCUACAUCAAGCUCAACCAGCUGGAAAAGGCCAUGGAAGCAGCUCACACGUUCUUCAUGGCCAACCCCGAGCACAUGGAAAUGCAGCAGGACCUAGAGGACUAUAAAGCCACAGCACGAGUGGAAGCCCCCCUGCUAGACCGCGAAGCCAAGCCACACCUGGAAAGCUAUAAUGCUGGAGUCAAACAUUAUGAAGCUGAUGACUUUGAAUCCGCAAUCAAGUACUUUGAACAAGCUUUAAGAGAGUAUUUCAAUGAAGACAUGGAGUGCCGUGCUCUAUGUGAGGGGCCUCAGAGAUUUGAGGAAUAUGAGUACUUAGGGUAUAAAGGUGGUCUUUACGAGGCAAUCGCAGAUCACUAUAUGCAGGUUCUGGUCUGUCAGCAUGAAUGUGUGAGGGAACUCGCCACCCGCCCAGGCCGCCUCUCACCAAUCGAGAACUUUCUUCCCUUGCAUUACGACUACCUCCAGUUUGCCUACUACAGAGUUGGUGAAUAUGUGAAAGCCUUGGAGUGCGCCAAAGCCUACCUGAUGUUCCAUCCAGACAAUGAGGAUGUCCUGGACAAUGUAGACUUCUAUGAGAGUCUGCUGGAUGACAGCACUGAUCCAGCAUCCAUUGAGGCCCGGGAGGAUUUAACAGCAUUUGUCAAACGUCAUAAACUUGAAGCUGAACUGAUCAAGUUAGCUGCAGAGGGCCUGGGAUUUUCAUAUGCUGAACCGAAUUACUGGAUCAGCUAUGGAGGACGGCAGGAUGAGAACCGAGUCCCUUCAGGAGUGAAUAUGGAUGGGGCAGAAGUUCAUGGAUUGUCAAUGGGAAAGAAGUCACCGCCCAAGAUAGGUCGAGACCUAAGAGAAGGUGGCCCUCUGCUCUACGAGAACAUCACCUUCGUCUACAACUCUGAGCAGCUGAACGGGACUCAACGGGUUCUUCUCGAUAAUGUCCUGUCGCAAGAGCAGUGUCGGGAGCUGCACAGUGUGGCCAAUGGAAUCAUGCUGGUUGGUGAUGGAUACCGAGGGAAAACGUCACCCCACACACCCAAUGAGAAGUUUGAAGGAGCAACUGUUUUAAAAGCACUCAAAUUUGGUUAUGAAGGCCGGGUGCCACUGAAGAGUGCAAGACUGUUCUAUGACAUCAGCGAGAAGGCUCGGAAGAUUGUGGAAUCCUAUUUCAUGCUGAACUCAACCCUGUAUUUUUCCUAUACACACAUGGUCUGCAGAACAGCCCUGUCUGGGCAGCAGGAUCGAAGAAAUGACCUCAGUCACCCCAUUCAUGCAGACAACUGCCUGCUGGAUCCAGAAGCCAAUGAAUGCUGGAAGGAGCCUCCCGCUUACACCUUUCGGGACUACAGUGCUCUCCUGUAUAUGAAUGACGACUUUGACGGAGGGGAAUUCAUCUUCACAGAAAUGGAUGCUAAAACCGUGACUGCCUCUAUAAAACCAAAGUGUGGCCGAAUGAUCAGCUUCUCGUCUGGCGGCGAGAACCCUCAUGGCGUGAAGGCGGUCACCAGAGGCCAGCGCUGUGCUGUGGCACUAUGGUUUACACUGGACCCUCUUUACCGAGAACUGGAGCGGAUACAGGCAGAUGAAGUGAUUGCCAUCUUGGAUCAAGAACAGCGCGGGAAGCAUGGACUGAAUAUUAACCCCAAAGAUGAGCUAUAGAAAAGAGAGUGCUCUAUUGAAUAUUUAUUUAAAUAGAUGAUCUUAUGAGAACCUUUUUAUUUUUGUACAGAGCCGUAGUAUAAAUUAACAGGAUACUAAGAGUCGUUAGAUUUCUCCCCCUGUUCCCAACUUCGCUUCAUUUGCUUUCUUCUGGUCUUCAUUGUUUUGCUUCAGUUCAUCAUUCAGAGCCCAUUCACACCCUCAAGCACACACCGCACUGAGUCACAACACCCACACUCUUCAUGUCACACCAGUAAACAUGCAACAGAAUUUACACUACAGAAGUGCACACAGGCCAUGUACACAUGGCACAAACUCCCAAAUACGCCACACAUACAUAAGACAAACAUAAACAUACAGAAACACAUACCACCCAGAUACACAAACACUACAUGGCACACACACACACACACACACACACACACACACACACACACACACACACACAGUUACUUUGCAGCAUAUUCAGAAUAUCAACAUGAUCAGCCUGCACUCAGCACCCCACAGCUAGAGUGUGCCCCGAGGUCUAAAGAUAGGAUGUGAAUUGGUCUCAGGCUUCUAUGGUUUGCUGCCUUUCCCCCAUCACCUUUCAUGGUUCCAUUGGCUGAGAGUUCAGACUCUUCACAGCAAGUUUGCCUUGUGUCUACAGGAGCUCCCAGGACACAGUCUGCCAAGUCCCAAGAAUCACAGAGAACAGCAUCUUUCAGGCUUGAGGAAGCCACCACUGGAUUAAGGACUAUGGCACGGGGUCCCCUUGGGUAGAAUGUUAGGACUGGUGUUUUCAAAUGAAGUUCUGAUUCCCCUCCACAGUGCUCUGUAAGAGGGGACACCUAAACAGGGGUUCCAGCAGUGUAGGUUCACCCCCAGUGGUGAUGGAAGAAUGAAUACCUUAAAUUGCCCUGCCCUAGGCACUAUUGCUGCUGGAGAGGGGCUCCUGCUGGUAUAAAUUCAGAGCUGUUUCUCACAGGCUGCACCUCAAUGGCUUCUGUUGGGCAGCCUCCUCUUCCUGCUGCUGUCAGCUCACACAGGCAUGCUGUGUCUGAAGUGUUUAAUAAAGGGAUCCUUGUUACAGAA